AAUUGCGGUGGUGGUGGUGGUGAUGUAGAGUAAUUUGUUGGAGAUAUACUAUACAUAGGUGAUAAUGGGCUUGAAUUGGCCAUUGUUGAUCCAAGUAUUGAGGAUAAUUUGCAAUAUAUCUGUACGAGAAUAUCGCAUAAUGUGUAUAUUACCUCAAAAUAACUCAAUUGAAAUGGUAUAUUUGGGUUUGUUAAGUAGGUGAUAUCAUUAGAUCCACUUCCGUCAUUUGAAGCACCCUUUUUUGACUGCUUCAUUUUGAAUAGAUUCUUGAUCUUAGGUUUAAAAUUUUCAUCCUCUAUAUUAUCAAAUUCAGAUAAAGUGGCUGAUAAACUCUUUACGAAAUCUGAUGGUUGAUGAUUAUCAAGGUGAUAGCUAAGGGAUAAACCGAGUAUAAGAAAUUUGUUGGUUCUGUAUGCUAUUAGAUAGUCAAACAAACAGAGAUCUACGCACCUCUUGGCCAUUUUGUAGUCAUCCAAUGUGUGCUCCAGGUCCUGCCUGGAUAAUAAGACUGUAUUAAACCAGUGUAAUUUCCUAGAAAGGCCUUUGAGUGGGAGGAAGGGUAUAAAGAAGUAAACUAACCCUUCAUAAGCCAUUCUCAUAAGUUUGAAUGAUUUUAUACGUCUAACGAUAGUGUCUUUUAAUAAAUCCAUCCCGUCAUUAUCGUUCAGGGCUAUAUUCUCAAUUGGAUCGCUGCCUUGUCGCGAUCUACCCGAAGUUGAAGAAGUACCAAGGGUUGAGAGCAAAUUACUAGCUGAUGAUUUUCUACGCAUGCCUUCCCUUUUGUUAAUUGCCUCAGGAUAGAAUAAUUGCUCCAUCGUCGUUGCGCUCGAAGGUGUUUACUCACAGUCAAGAAGUUAUAAUGGAGUUUGACGGUAACUGGAAUGCCUUAUCUGAGCAGAUGGGUAAUCUGAACAAUUUACUCGCUUCAUCCGCUGGUACAACAAGCCACAAUUCACCUUGUACGAGUUAUCUAGACGAUAAAGAAAUGUCUACCUACGGUUCAUUCCCGAUGUCCUCACUCAACGAUCUCGACGAUGGUCUCAAAGUCGUUAAUUGCACUGAAUGCUUGAGACCAGUACAGAAAUCUGCUUUAGAAGAGCAUUCAAUCAGUUGCUCAAUUAUGAAGCAAAUCAAUCAAUCACAGCCGAAAUCUUCGAAUAACCGGAAAUCUAAGUUGAAGAGAGAAGAAGCCUCCUCUACCCCAACGCCUGUACCUUCUUCUGCUGACUUAACAGCCAAUCCGUCCAAGAAAAGAAGAUUAAGUGAUGCUUCACAGCAUUCACAAACAAGUUCCAAUUCCCCACAGAAGAAAAGCCGUAAAUUAGACGCAGAGAGUUUGAAAAUUAAAUCAAAAUCAUCAUCUUCUACCGGCUCAACAUCGAAAGCGAGAAAAGAAGACGGUCCAGUAGAUCUUGAUAGUCAAUGUGGUGUGCUCAACGCAAAAGGUGUGCAAUGUUCGAGAUCGCUCACCUGUAAAACCCAUUCUAUGGGUGCAAAAAGGGCUGUUAUCGGUCGUAGUAAACCUUAUGACGUAUUAACAUAUGAAUUCGAAGUAAAGAGAAAGCCAGAAUUGGCUGACAAGCCAGUACCAAAAGCUGUCACACAAUUUGAAGCCGAUAGGGCAGCAGCUAAGAAGAGGACUACGCCAGUGCAGACACCUACACCUACACCACCUGUCAAACCGAAAGUAUUACCGAAAGUGCCAGCUAUCGAGGAGAAAGCCAUCGGUGUUACAUCCUGGGAGAGUCAAUUACCAGCGCCAGAUGAAGAGCUUCUACCUACGACUGGCUUAGAACUCGAUAUUGAAAUCAGCAAAAUAAGAGCAAUCACGGCUGCACACACUCCAAAAGCACUUGGAGGACCUACUAAUAGAAUGUCUGGCUUGAUACGCAAACGUACAAUGAUGAGAAGAUGUUUAAUGAAAUAAUUAUUGUAAAAUUGGUUGUAUAAUCUGUACUAUCUAGACGACGAAAAUAUAUAUAUGCAAAAUAAGCGCCAUCAGCUCACAGAUGAUGACACUAGACCACAAAAACGUAAAAGACAGGAUUUAGAAAGAUCUCUGUCACGCCUCCAUAUAGAUCCCACUCCAAGGGUCGAUAAUGAUGUCGAAAUGGAGAAAUCUGGGACAUAUGAGCCUGAUAAGCAUAGGAUUAUCGUAUAUGAUUUAGAUGAGUAUGAUAGUGAGCCAGAAGAUAAUAAAGCACAACUUCCGAAGCUCAAAGUACCAAAAAUGAUAAAUAACACACAGAAUAUGAUACUAGGGAAGAUGACACAGCAGGAAGGACAGCUUGUGCUAUAUAGACCGUUAGACAUACCCCAAAAGGAACAGCAAGGAGAGCAAACGCAAUGCAAAGAAGACAACUUAGAACCAAUGGAAAUCUAAUCGAUCUAGUCAAUCUAUUUAUUUAUUUAUUUAUAUUCCUCGUAGUUUCUUAUAUCACAAGUUUUACCAAAAUCAUCUAGAUGCUUCCGGAGUAUCUCAGUUAUUUCUUUACGUGUCUCAAUUUCAUCUGUUUGGUCAUUCUUUAGUUUUUCAAGAAGUGGCUCGACCGUCCAAUUAAUGGGAUCCCCUAUAUCUACAGUUAUUCGUGCAUUCGUUGACGGCAGAGCUGUGUAUUUCCUGCCGUCUUUGAAUACAUCGUUGAAACCAGUGAGGUGUAUAGGCAAGAUAGUUGGCGUUUGCUCUGUAAGAGUGAGCAUACGACCGACACCCCACCUGAAUGGACGAAGCGGUGAUGGUGUGGUAUGUGGAUUGAAAUUUGGUGGUGGAACGUUUAUUCUGCCUUCAGGGAACAUACUCACCUGUGAUCGUUUAGAUGUAAUAUGAAGUAAAACAUAGAGACUCAC